GGGUAUACUUUAAGCCAGGCACCAUCUAGCAGCCACAGCACGAUGUGAAGGGAAUGUCAGGUGAUGGAUCUUGCCCAGAUUCAAACAUCAGGUGGAAAGCAGACACAGGGUCCUUGGAUUACAUGUGAAAAGGUGAGCACGGUGUGCAGCAUCUCUGAAGACCCAGUGGGAGAUGGGAACGUUCCAGACUCUAGAAGUAAUGUGAAGUGAGCAUCCAGUGGAGAUCGGUGCAUGUUCUAAGUUCUUGGUGAAACUCAGGUGAGCAGCUUUGAAUUAACACCUUGGACUAAAUGCACUAACUCCAUGUCUUCCUCCUGCCAAAACUGCUCUUCUAGAUAAUAACAUGACUUUGGUUUUCUGGUUUUCUUUUCCUGGCUUUUAACUAUUUCCCUUGGGCUUCAGGGAAGAAGAGAGUCAUUACUGUAUAGGUAGCUUGACUUCUCCAGACCCAACAAACAACUGAAGGAGAAAAUGCAGAGGAGAAGCACAGCUGGGCAUUGGUCCCCACUGCUGUGGUCCAGGAGAACGCCAGAUACACAGGCUUUUCAGAACAGAGACUGACUGGUAUUCCAAGUUUCCUGACCGUAUUUCAGAUUCUGUGGUGAUACAUCCCAGAAACACACUGGAUGUAGACAGUACACCACAGUAUGGCGAUAGGUUAGUUUACCAUAUUCAAGCUGAAUGGUGAUCAGUGGAGAGCUAACUACUUGUCCUAGGUUUUGGGAUUCCUACACGGGCUGCUAGGAAGCUGGAUGACACUAGAGAAUCCUCUCUCCAUUUUGAUAUCUUCUGAAGCGAAAUCUGCUUUUUCAAGGAAAAAACCUUUUUCUUCCCACUUGUAUCUGAACUGUACUGAACCCACCUUGAGGUCUUCAGGUUUAUCUGAGGACCCCCAGUUCUGUGUGUUGUGCCGUGAGCUAGCCUAUGUGCAUCUGUUGAAAUCCCAAAGACCUCAGUCUUGCCUUGGAACUUUGGCCAGGGGCAGAUUGGAGAAGGAACACUACAUACUGGACGUACUUGAGAUUAGACUAGAGGACUCGGAUUCUUAAGGGGAAGAAAAUGUUAUUCCUUACAGAUUGAUAUGAAAGAUGGUAAGCUGAUACUCAAAAUGCCCCUUUAUCAAUAUAUACUUUAAAAUACUUACGUAUCUGUGAAAGAGGAAAAACUUCAUGUCUAGCAUUUUAAAGUUUCUUUUGUACUUCUGUAGAACAACAAAGGUAAGCCAGGUACCUUAUACAGUAGCAAGUCGUUCAGUCGCAAAUCAGAAACUGAUUUAGGAAGCUUCAGAAUAGCGGGUGUUAAUAAUAGUCCCCCGUACGAUAUCAGACCUUACUAGCUCCAGUGCCUUUCCUAGCUAGAAUACUAGUUACUUAAAUGGAACAUAAAAAGCAAAGCAAAACUUGUAAGUAAUGGAGUUUUGCUUAAAUUAGCUAAGUCUUCCAAAUAGUCCUUGUUUCUUGAUUUCACAAUUUCUGCCUUUUCCAGACAGCUCAAAGUCCUCUUACCUGCCUAAACAUGCACUCUCCUUCCUCAAAGGACACUUUAGGGUAAACCACUGUGCAAGUGGCAAGUCCGCACCAUAACCGGGAACUGCAUUUGCAGAACAUCUGGAGGAAUCACAAGUAACUGUUCUUCACUACUCUGGAAGAGAGACCAUGGCUUUCUGUCCUGCCAAGGUACCUGCAUGUCCUCAUGAUCUUCUGGUCGUUCGUGGCUGGCGUCGUCACCUUCUACUGCUCGCUUGGACCGGAUUCCCUGUUGCCCAACAUUCUUUUUACAAUAAAGUAUAAACCCAAGCAAUUAGAAUUGCCGGAGCUAUUUCCCCACGGCCAUAGUUGUGCUGUAUGUGGCAAGGUGAAAUGCAAGAGGCACAGACCUACUUUGCUUCUGGAAAAUUAUCAGCCAUGGCUGGAUCUGAAAGUGCCUUCCAAGGUGGAUGCAUCACUCUCAGAGGUGCUUGAGUUGGUGCUGGAAAACUUUAUUUAUCCAUGGUACAGAAAUAUUACUGAUGAUGAAUCCUCAGUGGAUGAACUGAGAGGCACGCUGCGGUUUUUUGCAUCUGUGUUAGUUCGGAGAAUUCACAAGGUGGAUAUUCCAACUGUUGUGACAAAGAAAAUGCUCAAGGCAGCGAUGAAACACAUUGAAGUGAUAGCCAAAGCCAGGCAGAAAGUAAAAAAUGCAGAAUUUUUGCAGCAAGCUGCUUUAGAAGAAUAUGGACCAGAACUCCAUGUUGCUUUGAGAAGCCGAAGAGAUGAGCUUCACUACUUAAGAAAACUUACUGAACUUCUGUUUCCUUAUAUUUUGCCCCCAAAGUCAACAGAGUGCAGAUCCCUGGCUCUUCUGAUAAGAGAGAUUCUGCCUGGUUCUGUUUUCCUUCCCUCAAUGGAUUUUUUAGCUGAUCCUGACACUGUCAACCAUUUGCUGCUGAUCUUCAUUGAUGAUAGUCCACCUGAGAAAGCAACUGAACCUACUUCUUCAUUGGUUCCAUUCCUUCAGAAAUUUGCAGAACCAAGAAAUAAAAAGCCAUCUGUACUGAAACUGGAGCUAAAGGAGAUCAGAGAUCAGCAAGACCUUUUAUUUCGGUUUAUGAACUUCCUGAAACAGGAAGGGGCAGUCCAUGUGCUGCAGUUCUGCCUGACUGUAGAGGAAUUCAAUGACCGAAUUUUGCGACCAGAACUAUCAGAUACUGAGAAGAUGUCUCUUCAUGAGGAAGUACAGAAAAUUUACAAAACUUACUGCUUGGAUGAAAGCAUUGACAAAAUCAGAUUUGAUCCUUUUAUUGUGGAAGAGAUUCAAAGAAUUGCUGAAGGUCCCUAUAUGGACGUUGUGAAACUUCAAACCAUGAGGUGUCUUUUUGAAGCUUAUGAGCAUGUUCUUUCUCUGCUUGAGAAUGUUUUUACUCCUAUGUUCUGUCACAGUGAUGAGUACUUCAGACACCUUUUAAGAGGAGCAGAGUCACCAACACGCAAUUCGAGGUUUAACAGAAGUAGCCUGAGUUUGGAUGACUUCAGGACCACACAGAAGAGAGGAGAAUCAUUUGGAAUCAGCAGAAUAGGCAACAAAAUAAAAGGUGUAUUCAAGAGUUCCGCGAUGGAAGGAGCUAUGUUGCCUAAUUAUAACUUAAAUGAAGGAGAAGAUGACUUUAUUGAAGAAGGCGUUAUGGUGAUGGAAGAUGAUUCUCCUGAGGAGGCUGUUAGUACCCCAAAUACACCCCGCAACCUCGCUGCAUGGAAAAUUAGCAUCCCAUAUGUAGAUUUUUUUGAUGAUCCCUCCUUGGAAAGAAAAGACAGAAAGGAGAGAAUUCCUGUGUUCUGCAUUGAUGUAGAGAGAAAUGAUAGAAGGGCAGUUGGGCAUGAACCUGAACACUGGUCUGUCUACAGGAGGUAUCUUGAAUUUUAUGUGCUUGAGUCGAAGCUAACAGAAUUUCACGGUACGUUUCCUGAUGCUCAGCUUCCCUCAAAGAGAAUCAUUGGCCCCAAGAACUAUGAGUUCUUAAAAUCCAAGAGAGAGGAGUUUCAGGAAUAUCUGCAGAAACUUCUGCAACAUCCAGAACUAAGUAACAGCCAGCUUUUAGCUGAUUUCCUGUCCCCUAAUGGAGGAGAGACUCAGUUUCUUGAUAAAAUGUUGCCUGAUGUGAAUCUUGGUAAAAUUAUAAAAUCUGUUCCAGGAAAGCUAAUGAAAGAGAAGGGUCAGCAUUUGGAGCCAUUCAUCAUGAAUUUUAUCAACUCCUGUGAAUCUCCCAAGCCUAAACCAAGUAGGCCUGAGCUCACCAUUUUGAGUCCCACUUCUGAAAACAACAAGAAGCUUUUCAAUGAUUUAUUCAAAAAUAAUGCAAACCGGUCUGAGAAUACAGAAAGACGACAAAAUCAGAACUACUUCAUGGAAAUGAUGACUGUAGAAGGAGUCUAUGACUACUUAAUGUAUGUUGGUAGGGUAGUGUUCCACAUUCCUGACUGGCUGCAUCAUCUCUUGAUGGGAGGAAGAAUUCUCUUUAAAAAUACAUUGGAACUGUACACAGACUAUUACUUGCAUUAUAAGUUAGAACAGCUAUUUCAGGAGCACCGGUUGGUUUCUCUGAUAACACUGCUGAGAGAUGCUGUGUUCUGUGAGAAUACUGAACCUCGCUCUCUCCAGGAUAAACAGAAGCGAGCAAAGCAGACUUUUGAAGAAAUGAUGAGAUACAUUCCAGAUUUAAUAUGCAGGUGCAUUGGGGAAGAGGCUAAAUACGAAGGCAUCAGGCUUCUGUUUGAUGGAAUGCAGCAACCAGUGCUCAACAAACAGUUAACUUAUGUUCUGCUGGACAUCGGGAUUCAAGAACUCUUUCCAGAGCUGAGUAAGGGUCCGAAGGAGGCCAGCUCUGUGUCGUGCUGGAUGUGAAUGCAGGGACCUUGCUGGACACCCAGCAGAGACAUCUGCUGUGCACUAUUGUAAUGGACAUGUGACGUUUUAGCCUUGCAUUGUAUAUUUUCUUGUAAAUAACAUAAAAAUUAAGUUCUAAAAAAAUCUUUAUGCAAUAAAGACAUUAAAAUUUAAUACCAAUUACAAGUAAAUAAUGUAUCUGUACUUUUUAUUUAAAAUUUGUUUUAGCUGUUAUCAGUAAAAGUCAAGUUAAUUUCCCCAAAAUCUCCGCAUGUGAAAUUACAGGAUGACAUAAAAUAAGACAUCUGGGAGAUCAGCCAAUAUAUGCUUUGCUAAAAGAGCAAUUACUGUUGUCUUCCUUAAAGGUUAUGUAGAAAAAUUGUUUGGAAGAAGUUGCACAAUGGUCCCAUGGAGGUAUUUUUAACUGUCUCGACAAAUCUUACUAAUUUUUUUGAAACAAAAUUACACGAUUGAAUCUAUUGCAUACAAAUAAGUCUCAGAACUAUCUUUGGCUUUUGCGCUUCCUGUGAGCGUGGAAGACCACAUGUGUGAUUUAGUUUAUUUAAUAGCUGACCUUCAGAUCUAAAGGACUCUUAAAAUAAUAAUGGGUGUGAAAAGUGGUCAAAAAAGUUAGACUUUUACCAUAGG